AUGAGUCGUACUUCCCGUCCUCCUCUCGACCUUCAUCCUUUCCCACUCUCCCCCCCAGCGACCCCUAUCGAUCGCCUCUACAGCACCACGGAACACUCCGACGUCUGCAAGCCAGCCUCGCUCAACCUGGACCCAAGCCCCCCCCCGUUCAUGGCCGCCGACCCGCCUGCCACCCUGGCCGGCCUCUCCUCUCUCCCCUCGGACCUCCUCCUCCUCAUCGCCGCAAAACUCGACCCCAUCGACCUCGCCAACCUCGCGGCCACCUGCACAUCCUCCCUCCGCUUCGUCGACGACCUCGCAUGGCGAGCCUUUGUGCAGUCACGCCAGGCACCCCUCGUCCUCGAUCGCACCGCAUCCAUACCCGCGCCCACAGCACCCGACCUCGCCCUCCAACGCUCAGUCUGGUGGCACCGUGCAAAGUUCCACCUCAGCCUCUCCCGAGCAUGGCAGCAAAAGAUCCUCCUCGCCACUCAGCAUGACCUCCCCUUACCCGGACACGCCUCGCGCGCCCACCAAAAGCUAUCGUCGAGCGCAUCGCGAGCCGUGGCCAGACCGCCGCCCGCCUCAGACUUUCACAAGUCGGCCAAGCUCGCCUUCGCCAUGCCCUACCUCGUCCUAGGGCACAGCAGGCUCGUCGUCGCCGUCAGAUCCGACCUCCACCUCUUUGAGCGCACCCAACUCACCUCGAUCGACACGCCAUCCCUGCAGGCCCUCGACUUCUCAAAGUGCCACACCCUCCACCUCGAUACCCACGGCCGGCCGGGGUCAGACCACUCCAGGGCCACACCCAACCCCUGGCAGGACAUCACCGCAAUCAAAAAGGUCGACGACGACUGCGACGAGCUCGUCGUCGGCUUCGCGAACGGCACCCUCCAGCGCAUCCGUAUAGUCGCACAGCGGGGCAAACGCAACAAGGCCUCACGCUUGCAUGUCAUCGUCGUCGAGACAAUUGCCAGCCCGCGGCGCCGCGAGAUCGCAGACGUGUCCUCAAGCAGGCUCGCGCAGACCGACGAGAUUGUCCUGGCGUCCAUCUCAAAGAGAGGAGCCCUGCAGGUUGUCACGGUGCCGGCGGGACAGAGCACCGGCGACAAUGAUGCAUCCGACAUGCGGCAGGUCGAAGAGUGGCAGAUCGACCACGAAGGUCGGCCUUCCCAUCGUCGCAGCACGGAUCAGUCCAGCACGUCGACUUCGACAUCCGACGGCGACGAAGGGUCGGCGACGCCCUCGAGAAGCUUCCGCAGCCCAGCCUUCCAAAACGCCCCCUUGACUGGCUCGACGGGCGUCAAGGGCACCCGGGCAUGGUGCGUCCACGUCGGCGGCGGUCAGGUGGUCGGCGAGCAGGACCAGAGAUGGGUCGCCGUCGGCCUGACUGGCGACCCGGCGUUAUUUAUCUACAUGCUCAAACGUCGAGCGGGUCUCGGCCGCACUGAGCUGGGGUCGACCUACCCUCUCACCUCUUCGGGACGACGCACCUCGGUGUUUGCGCUCGCCACGCCGCCGCCCACGUCAAUCGUCCCGCCCUACCUCCUCUUUGCAGGCUUUUACGACGGCUCGGUGCGGGUGUACGACACGCGGCAGCUCUACCGGCGGCGCCGAGCCAGCGGCAGCGAUGGCGGUGCCAGCGACGAAGCCACGCUGCGGCCGGUGGCGACGUUUUCCGAUGCGUUUGGCGACGCGGCCGUCUACUCGAUCGCGUUUGGCGGAGUCGGGGGAUGCAUGCUCCUCGCUGGCAAUCGCCAACAUGCACGGGUCCGCAUCUGGGAUCUGCGCGAGCUCGUAGUGCGCUUCGAGCCCGGCUCGCUCGGCCGUCCACGCUCCGACUCGACUUCGCAGAUACUGACACGCAGUCGACACCGCAUCGUCCGCCCAGAUCAAGACGACGAAGACGACGACGACGGUGGCGAUAGGGAAGAGGGUGCGGGCAGAGAGGGACCGGGAGCGUGGUUCGUCUUCCCCGCCUACCCGUCUUCGUCGCCGCAGUACAGCAUCGUCGCGGAUGCGGACCGGGUGUGGGGUGUGACGGAUCGAAAAGUGUGGGUGCUCGAUUUCGGUCGACCCUGCCUCGACCUCUGCCUCGCCCCACGGUCCGGGCCGGAGGUGCGAGGACAUUCACCGACGAGCGGGGUCGACGAGCGUAAUGACCAAGUGCAAGACCAAGACGAAGGCGAAGGCGAGGCGACCGGGUCCCACGUCAUGGGGACGGUGGCUUACUUUGAGCAUGAGCGCAGCCUGUUUUUGCGCAGUCGGCUGGCGUUUUGA